CGAGACUGUUGUGGUGUUGCAGAAAUCCGGGCUCGGAAUUGUAGGCGUGCGUGCCGCUCGGCUACCCGGGACCUUCGGUGCGGCUCCUGAGGGUGGGGGCGAGUCCACGCGGUUUAGUCAUUGCUGGAGCUCAUCGCGCGGUUAUCGAGGAGCGGUCGCUUAGGGAACCUCAGUGAUUUUUAGCUCUACUGGACUCGAUUUGGGAGCUGGAUGCUUCCCCCUUUCACUCUGUGUGGUCCGAGACUGUGGGUUUGAGAAAGCGGCCUGGGGUCACGUAUUAACCCCCAGAGCGGACUCCUGGUACCAGAGUAAGGCCCGAGGUGCCUUGCGGCGUGGGGGAAACCAAGUCAGGCAGGCAGGAGACUGGGCGGUAGGAUCGCACUCUGGGGAGCUCUGUUUCUGUCCCUUUCUGCUCCAGGAGCUCCUCCUAAAGAAUUUCUGCUCAGCCAUGUCGCCGGUUUCAGCAGCAACCCAGGUUCCUACGUUGGUCUCCCUCUUUGACCUCAACGCGGAUGCUCCGAUCCUUCAGGGCCUCAGCCUGGUGAGCCACCCUUCUGGGGAGGCUCUGGCCCAGUCUCUGCAGACUUCCUGUCCAGGUUCAGGGGAGAGAGCAAGCCCAGAAAGAAAACCACUCCAGGGUCUGCUGGAUAUUUCAGACAAGUUAUUUUGUUCCACUUGUGACCAGACCUUCCACAACCACCAGGAACAGAGGGAACAUUAUAAGCUUGACUGGCAUCGGUUUAACCUAAAGCAACGUCUCAAGGACAAGCCUCUCCUGUCUGCCCUGGAUUUUGAAAAGCAGAGCUCCACAGGAGAUCUUUCCAGCAUCUCAGGAUCAGAGGACUCAGACUCAGCCAGUGAGGAGGACUUGCAGAUACCGGAUGAGGAGAGGGCUGAGUUUGAGAAGCCCAGCAGACCCCAAGGCUUCCACUCCCAUCGGGUUCUUUUCCAAAAUGCUCGGGGCCAGUUUCUUUAUGCCUAUCGCUGUGUGCUGGGCCCUCACCAGGCAAGUGGUGGCCCAGGCUGUGUGGUGCCCCCAGAAGAACCUGAACUGCUGCUACGCAACCUGCAAAACGGAGGUCCCAGACACUCUGUGGUGCUCAUGGCUGCAGCUGGGCACUUUGCUGGAGCCAUUUUCCAAGGAAGAGACGUGGUGACCCACAAAACCUUUCACCGCUACACGGUGCGGGCCAAGCGGGGCACAGCCCAGGGAAUUCGGGAUGCCCGGGGUGGGGCUUCUCGUUCUGCCGGAGCCAACCUGAGGCGCUAUAAUGAAGCCACAUUAUACAAGGAUGUUCGUGACCUGCUGGCAGGGCCAGUCUGGGCUAAAGCGCUGGGGGAGGCUGAGACAAUACUGCUGCGUGCUCCCCGCUCUGGCCGGUCCCUGUUCUUCGGAGGCCAUGGGGCGCCCCUGCAACGGGGGGAUCCCCGACUUUGGGAUAUCCCCCUCGCUACCCGCAGACCCACCUUCCGAGAGCUACAGCGUGUGCUCCAUAAGCUGACCACCUUGCAUGUCCAUGGAGAAGAUCCCCGGGAGGCAGUCAGGUUGGACUCACCUCAGACACACUGGAAGAUGAAAGGGGGGAAGAAGACUAUCGAGGCAGAGAGAAAGGUCUCCAGUGAUGAAAAUGAGGCACUUGGGCAGAAUGAGGAAUCUCCCAAACAGGGUUCAGGGUCGGAGGGCGAGGACAGCUUCCAGGUAGAGUUGGAGCUAGUAGAGUUGACCGUGGGGACCCUGGAUCUUCGUGAGUUUGAGGUACUGCCAAAGCGGAGGAGGAGGAAAAGGAAUAAGAAGGAGAGAAGCCGAGACCUGGAAGCCUGGGCGCAUGGGACUCUUCCCCAGCAACCUCAAGGAGAUGAUGAGGCCUUCUCACAGUCUGCCCAGGCACACGCAGCCCCUUUGGGGCCUUCCCUGGAUGAGGCCAAGACCCCUGAUCAGUCAGAGCUCUGGGACAUGCUUCUUGCUGCUUGUCGAGCCGGAGAUGUUGGGAUGUUGAAACUCCAGCUAGCUGCCGGCCCCAUAGGCCCUGGAGUUCUGUCUCUGCUCAGUGCCCCCUUGGGCUCCAGUGGUUUCACCCUCCUACAUGCAGCAGCUGCAGCUGGGAGAGGUUCAGUGGUUCGCCUGCUGCUGGAGGCAGGUGCCGACCCUACCGUGCAGGACUCCCGGGCCCGGCCACCGUAUACGGUUGCAGCUGACAGGUCAACACGUAAUGAGUUCCGAAGGUUCAUGGGGAAGAAUCCAGAUGCUUACGAUUACAGCAAGGCUCAGGUGCCAGGGCCACUGACGCCAGAAAUGGAGGCACGGCAGGCUAUGCGGAAAAGGGAGCAGAAGGCUGCCCGGCGGCAGCGGGACGGGCGGCAGCAGAAGCGGUGGGAGCAGGAGGAGGAGCACCAAGAGGCGCGGCGCUUUGUCGCCCUCAGCGACCGAGAGAAGAGGGCUCUGGCCGCAGAGCGCCGGCUGGCUGCCCAGCUGGGAGCGCCCACCCCCCAGGCCCCCGGCUCUGCAGCCAUCAGUGGUCCACGCUGCUGGAGCUGUGGGACAUCCCUCCAAGGCCUCACUCCCUUUCACUAUCUUGACUUCUCUUUCUGCUCCACACGCUGUCUCCGGGAUCACCGCUGCCAGGCCGCCAAGCCCUCUUCCUGAUCUCUUACGGCUGCGCCUGGAGCCACC